CUGAUGCUCAACGGCGUCAGGGACGAGUUCCCCAUUGCUCAGAUCACCGAUACGAUGGUGGGGCCGGCCGAGAUACCGUCCGACAAUGACAAGAUCAGUGACCAUGGCAAAAAAGACGCCAAGGAUAACGAUUCUGCUGACGACGUUGUUGACGCCGCUUCAAACGAAGUUCGGGCCACCACUACUACCACUACCACCACCACCAGAAAGACGAGGUCCAAGAAAUCCAAGGCCGCUGCCAAGACCGAAGCUGCAAAAGACCCAGAGGACGAGGUGUCUGGCGCGAAGCAGAGCUCUCGGUCAAAGAAGCGCAAGCCGUCAUUCGGGCUGCACGCACACCAACCGCCUCCCAUUAAGAUCCCUCGCCACGAGGAGCUGCCGUCCAUGAGCCGCCUGCGCAGCCAAAGCGUGCCUGAGAGACGUUUGCGUGGGGAUCGACGAUACGGACGGGGACGAGAUACGGGCGCUGGGGUCGCAUGCGUAAGACCGUCGACCACUACCCACCGCAACGGUAGGCGCGGCUCCAUCUCGUCCAUCUUGAACGAUAUUCCUGAGUAAGCGGAAGUCGGAGCACCCACCGGCUCAUCUUGCUCAUGCGUUGGGGCAUUUGAGCUGGUACCUGUAAGAAGCCGUUCAACUAAGAGUUCAGACAAGAGUCCUUUAUCGUAUAUACAAUACACAUCCGCUACGUUUGGUCCAUGAU